UGGAAAAGAAAGAUGUCGGCGUUGCAGACCUUCAUGCUGGUCGUGGACCACAAUAAGGAAGAAGCUACAGACAUUGCAAAACAGGUAGCUCAAGAUGUCCAGAAUAAAAAAACGACUUUGAUUGAAGUUGUGCAGUCAUUGGGAAAAUAUAUCAAUGACGAAGAUACCAUAUUGCGGGGGAAGGCAGUCUCAUAUCUUACCGCUGUUAUAAGGGAGCUACCGCCGAAGUUCCUCUCGCGACAACAGAUCCAGGUUCUAACGACAUUCUUCUGCGAUCGCAUUCAAGAUGGAGGUGCUAUUACGGGACUAGAAACACUCCAGAAAUUAGAUCGGUUUCACAAGGAAUUGACUGAAGAAGUCGCGCGAGCGUGAGUACUCGUGGCCUGUGUCUCAGGUCGUUGGGUCCAUGGUUAAGAAGCAACGGAGCUGAUAAUAAACGUACAGCAUCUUUGGCCAUUUCCAAGAGUUGCAAUCACGGUCCCAAACUCAAAGAUUUCAAGUCUACAACUUGCUGAAUGAAUUGAUGUCUAAUCAUCGAGAAGCGUUACGUGAUAUGGGUGAUGAUUCUAUUGUUGGCAUUGUCGACCUCAUGACGGGGGAGAAAGAUCCCCGUAAUCUUAUGGUCGUGUUUUCAAUCCUGAAGGUGGUUAUGAUGGAGUGGGAUAUUUCGAAUCAUGCCGAGCUCCUCUUUGAUUCAGUAUACAAUUACUUUCCGAUCACCUUCAGACCUCCUCCGAACGAUCCCUACGGCAUUACAGCCCAGGACCUAAAAGAUCGUCUGCAGGAUUGCAUAUCUUCAACAAAGUAUUUCGCUCCGCAUGCUUUCCCGGCUUUGUUGGAUAAACUAGACUCCACGUCUCCUAACGUUAAGAGAGAUGCCCUUAAUGGUAUCAUUGCCUGCGUGCGUUCUUAUGACCCUGACACGGUGUCUAGAUACUCUAUCACCAUUUGGGAUGUGUUGAAGUUUGAAAUCCUGAAUGCGCAGGAGGAAUUUCUUGCCGAUCUUUCAUUGCAAGCUCUGCAGGAUAUCGCCAAAAGACUAUCUGAGGGAGUUAAACAAGUCUCGAAAGAGCUACCUCUCUCGCACUUCCUGAAACCAAUUACAAAUGAGUGCAAUGAGCAAUUACGUGAACCCCAGCAAAAGCAAGCGAAGCCUGCACAGCAAAUUCUGAGAUCACUUUCAUCCGCAUCUGCCAUGUCCUUCACGUUAGUCGUACAAGCUGUUGUCGCUCCUCUCUUUACAAUCUAUCAGGAAGCCGAUGGGAUUGCUAAACAACGGGCACUUUUGGAUACGUUUGUUGUGCUCUUCCAUUCUGCUAUUGAGGUAUUUGGACAGUGGACUGACCGUCUUUCCACCGUCUCUAUUGAAAAUCCUUUACUCGAGUUCAAGGACCAGUUCUCCGACGUUUUCAGUCAGGCAUUGAUGGGAACCCCGAAAGAAGAAAUAUCGUUUCGGGUGACAGCUCUAAAGGGACUGUUGCGACUUUCGACGCUACGCGACUUCUUCCAAGAUAAUGAGAUUGGUUUGUUUGUGCAGUACCUUGAUGAAAUAUUGUUAAAGGAAGAGUCAGUCGGCAGGGAUGACUUAAAAAAAGAAGCAAUUGCGGCACUUGCAGAAAUUUCAAAACACAAACCUCGCUUGAUUAUGGAUAUAACUUUCCCGGCCUUCGUGGCUACACUUCCGGACUCAGCUGACGGAACAGGAGCUGAGUACACAGGUACUCUUGAAACCCUGGCUCAAAUUAGCGUGGAAAAGGAUAUAUUCGAGACAUUGGUUCGUCGGCUACUCAGUAAGCUGACGUUUCUAUUGCAAAAGGCGGAGCCCGCAUCUACAGAAUACCCGAGAGCAAUCCUCUUGACCAUUCUCUAUGUUAUGAACCAGAGCAAGAUGGACCAGGAUCCGAAUCUCGGUUCCUAUUAUGAAAAGAUAGUGAUAGGGUUUUGCCGCAAUGCGGCUGCUUCGGCGUCGGGAAAGGCCCCCAAUCGAAUCCUGAAUGAUGCAGCAGUCCUGGACACCCUUGGGAGACUUUUCAAUGUCAUCGUUAGGUCUCUUCCGAGACAGAGGCAGGACGAAGUUGCGGAGAAUGUCUAUAAGCUAUUCAGUACAGGGGACGGCUUCGUACCGGUGCCCUUUUCGCAAGGAGCAAGUGAAGAUCGGCAACGUACCAUGAUACUCUCUACCUACCUCCUUGCAGGGCUGCCAAAAGACUGCUUGAAGUUACCCUAUAGCGAUCCCGACAUGUCCGGCUUGCUUUCAGACCUUGUCCAGCGGUCAAUGGGCAAGACCGAAGCCGCGACGAACCUCGCCCUUGUUCGACACAUCUCUCUGCUAGUGAAUAAGUUACUCUCUACAAAAGACCUUCCCCUUGCAUCCAAACUGUUUGAAUCACUUCUUCCCCCAAACACGGAGGACCCGAAACUCAGCCCCGAGACAAUAAAGACAGUGUUCUGGCUCUCGAAGGCUCUCGUCCUACGGCUUGCCCCAACGACAACUCAAGUGUUGACCUCUCUCCUAUCGCUCCUGUCGUCCUCAGAUGAAGUAACAAGUACAAUCGCGGCUCGCAGCUUUGCCGUGCUCCUCCGUGACGAUGACGUCCUUUCCACAGUCAACGCUGCAAAUAUUCGAUUAUUGUCAAAGCAACGAGUUUUCACCACCGUUAUUCCUCUCAUAUCGAGCAGGAUCCGCGAACUGAACGUUAUUUCUAGCGACUCUGUAUCUCACCCUGCUCAUACCAAACCCGCAUACCUAACAGCCUUAUCUGGUAUCCUUUCCACGGUCCCUCCAUCCCUGGUGAUGCUCGAGUUGCCCACUUUACUCCCUCUUCUCCUUCAGAGUCUGGACCUCCAAACAUCCGACUCCCAAGCCAUCAGAUCCGCGACCCUGGACACUCUCGCCGUUAUAAUUCGCGAGAAUGGCGUCGGUGUUAUUGAGGAAUGCGGCCACGUCCAGAGCCUAGUCACCCGACUGCUGAACACAGCCGCCUAUACCCCUGUGACCACGAAAGCAGAUACUCCGUCCACUAGGCCGAUGAACGGGGCCCGACUCCGCGAACAGGCGCUGAGGUGUCUUUACCUGCUCGCGCAACGGCCUAAUGUGAAUGCUCCAUCUAUCGCUACGGCAGGGAAGCUUUCCCCCCUUCUACCAGUGAAAGCUCAUGUUCUGCGCUCUUUGCGAGCGGCUCUUGAUGAUCCUAAGCGUGAUGUAAGGAAAGCUGCUGUCGAUGCUCGUGGUGCUUGGUUGAGAGGUGUGGAAGAUGCACCUGAGGAAGAUUAAAUAGUAUUUUGAAAACACAGAAGGGUUAGUUAGUUGUGAUGCACGUCUGUUUGCCUAUGUGCAUGCUUCAGUUAUCUAAACCAUAUCUCAACGGUGAAUUUCAGCAUGUUCUUGGAUUUAGAUCUGCUUCUUCUGUUCCACGUAUGACAUUAUUAUCCCAGUCGUUCAAGAAUAGUGUUGAGUUAUGCUAGAUGCUAGACAGGAAGGCCAACAUUGGCACAUAGACUUGAGAUACCUGACUCGAUCAAAUUUUGGGAGAUGUUUGAAGCAUUCGGCGAAUUGUCCCAAGAAAAAAAUAGUGUGAUG